CUUAUAUAGUGUACAGCAUCUAGACACAGUCUUCUGCCAUGAAGCUGCUGUUGAAGUUACAGAAACUAAAACUCUUGUGGACUCUGAAACCUCCUAAUAGGACUUUCCAUGGACAUCCCAGGCUGCUUUCCUCUGAUGUAUAUUCCCAGUAUGAGUCCAUCAGACAGGGCAAACAGGAAAUACCAAAGUACUUUAACUUUGCAAGUGAUGUACUGGACAAAUGGUCUGAGAUUGAAAAGGCUGGAAAGAGACCAUCAAACCCUGCUUUCUGGUGGAUAAAUGGAGAAGGAGAAGAAGUGAAGUGGAGCUUUGAGGAGCUGGGGUUCCUGUCUCGGAAAGUGGCCAAUGUACUGACUAAAGAAUGUGGACUGCAGAAGGGAGACAGGCUUAUCCUGAUCCUACCACGAAUUCCAGAAUGGUGGCUGGUCAAGGUGGCUUGUAUGCGAGCAGGAAUUGUCAUAAUCCCAGGAACAUCCCAAUUAUCAGCCAAAGAUAUACUGUACCGACUCCAGGCAUCAAAGGCUACAUGCAUCAUUACCACUGACAGACUGGCUCCUGCAGUGGACUCGGUGGCAUCCCAGUGCCAGCACCUGAAAACCAAGCUAAUGGUGUCCAAAGGCAGCAGGGAGGGAUGGCUGAACUUUACUGAGCUGUACCAAAACCAAUCUGCUGACCAUUCCUGCAUCAAAACAAGGAUUCAAGACCCACUGAUUAUCUUCUUUACGAGUGGAACUACAGGUUCUCCAAAGAUGACUCAACAUUCCCAGGGUAGUCUUGGUUUCAGACCCCUUUUAAGUGAAAGGUACUGGUUGGAUUUGACUCCCUCUAACAUGAUAUGGAACACUGCAGACACAGGAUGGAUACUAACUUCAAUAGCAUCUUUUUUUGAUCCUUGGGUUUUCGGAUCAUGCGUCUUUAUACAUAACCUACCACAGACUGACUCAGAAGUUAUCCUAAACACUCUCUGCAGAUUCCCAAUUGACACCCUGGUUGGUGCCCCAACAUUGUUCCGCAUGCUGGUGCAAAAUGAUCUGUCCAAAUACAAAUUCAUGAGCCUGAAGUACUGCAUGAGUGGAGGGGAACCACUCAACCCAGAAGUCAUGGAGCAGUGGAAGAACCAGACUGGGCUGGACAUCCAGGAAGUAUAUGGCCAGACUGAAUUGGGAGUAAUCUGCUCUGUUCAUAAAGGAAUGAAGAUUAAACCUGGAUCAAUGGGGAAAGCAGUUCCCCUUUAUGAUGUUCAGAUCAUAGACAAAAAUGCCAAUAUCCUGCCUCCAGGACAACAGGGGGAAAUUGCUGUCAGAAGCAAACCUAUAAGGCCACUUGGUUUUUUCUCUGAAUAUUUAGAUAACCCUAAGAAAACUGCAGAAAGUGAACGUGGGGAUUUUUACGUCACUGGAGACAGAGGGACUAUGGAUGAAGAGGGAUAUUUCCAGUUUAUUGGCAGAGAUGAUGACAUCAUAAUUUCUUCAGGGUAUCGCAUCGGGCCAUUUGAAGUAGAGAGUGCCCUCAUAGAGCACCCAGCUGUGGUAGAAACAGCUGUUGUCAGCAGCCCAGACCCCCUCAGAGGAGAGGUUGUGAAAGCAUUUGUGGUUCUAUCCCCAACAUUUUCAUCCACUGACCUGAAGAGCUUAAUUCGUGACUUGCAGGACCAUGUCAAGAAAACUACUGCUCCAUAUAAAUACCCUAGAAAGAUGGAAUUUGUCAAAGAGCUGCCAAAGACAGUGACUGGGAAGAUCAAGAGGAAUGAAUUAAGAGACAAAGAGUGGGGACGGAUAUAGCUUUGUUUGGAAUUUAACAGAACUUCUUCCAUUCCAUUAGCACUAUAUACAUUUCACUACUAUAACUGCCAUCAUUCUGAUUUCGUUAUGUUAAGUGUCUGAGCAUCAAAAAACUACAGGUAACAUCAAGAUGUGAUAUUUGUGCCUGCUUGCAGAGUUUCCAAUGUCAAUACCUGACUGAAUUGUAUUAUUCUGGGUUAAAAAUAAAAUUUUCAAUAGACAACUUCAAUAGCCUUUCCCUUUGAGACCUCCUCACCAUCCCUCUUGCAGCCCAGCUUCCAUUUGAUGUUAUUCUUGAGAGACAAUAAAAAAAUAU